UGGCGACGAUAGACGCGUCUUCGGCUGCGGUUCGGCUUCGUUUUGAUUUCGGUUUUGGUUCGCUUUGAGUUGCCUUUCGCUGCUGCGUUUGUCUGUCGGCCAAGGUGUCGCCCAUAGAACUGAUUUGUCAGGACACCCCACCAAAGGGCGGGCCGAGUGCGGAGCAAAAUAAUUGCUGCCCAUGGAGUCCGGAGCAGCAGCAGCAGCAGCUGGAGGGGAUGUGGAUGCCGCCAGCGCCCAGCCACAGCCACAGGCCAAUCAGGCCACACAAAUCACCUCCAUCGAUGGCUUCUUCAAUCGCAAACGCGGACGUCCGCCCAAGAAUCGUUUUGUGGAGGUCUACAAGAGCGCGCAGCAUUCCCCACAGGCCAUCUUUACCAGCUUCAAAUUGGAGAGAAAUGAGCACGCGGCAGCUCCAACAGCCGCUUCGAGUGGCGCCUCAAUGGCAGAGAGCGCAGAGGAGCGUGGCCAGAGGGUGGAACAUGCAGCCACAGAUCUCAGCCCUAGUCGUAGCCGCAAGCGGAGUCGCGUCUGGGCCAACACACAACACGAGGAGACGAGCAAACGAAGUCAAGUUCAGGUUCAAGCACUCAGCCCCAAGGAAGCUACAGCACAGCCAAUUGCACACUCUACAGAUACAGCAACGUCAAAGAAUAUCUCGGGCAGAAUAACGGACCGGGUUUCGGUUGUUCGCGCGGCAGGCACUUUCUAUCCGGAGAAUGCCUGCGCCGCACACCAGCCGGAAAUAGCGGAGAGAAGCGGUCAAAGGGAACCCGACUUGGAGCUGGACCAACCCGAAGAUCUGAGCAUGCGCAACGUGCAGCCGGAGGCCGCGCCACAGGGGGAACAGCAGCUGCCAGCAGCGGCUGCGGGUUUGAACUUGAAUCUGCUGCAGUUUAAGCAGCUGAUCGAUCUGUACCAGCGGCAGGUGCUGCUGCCCAGCUUUCUGGCCGCUGCCAGUCAGCCGUUGCCACCGCUGGACAUGCGCCUGCUGCUGGAGAAUGCCGCACAACAAAAGCUGAUGCUGAUCAAUGCGGCGGCUGCGAGUGCAGCAGCGGCAGUCAGUGCCACAGCGGAGGCUCCAGCACUGGUAACCGUAACGCCGCCUCGUCCACCCACAAAACGCACGCGGGAUCACGACAUACCCAGCGGCUACCUGAAGUUUCGCUUCAACGAGGAUUGCGGCUUCGAUCGGUGUGGCUAUAGGAACCACCAGUCGCACUUCCACUGCAAUCGGCGGGACUGCCACUACAGUUUCUGCGACAAGACACGCUUCGUGCAGCACACGGCGCGGCACGAUCGCAUGGACACGCUGAUGGGCGAUGAUUUUCAGCAAUUUCGUGCCAAUAUGCGUUGCGGCGUGGCCAGUUGCAGCUAUGCCGCAGGCUACUCCGAAGAACAGCGCAGAGCAUGCCCGGGGGCCGCAGCUUUGAAGAAAACUUCCCACUUUCACUGCCGCAAGUGCGAGUACGUCUGCACGGACUCCAACAAGGUGGUGGCCCAUCGACGACUGCAUCAGCGGCUGGACUAUGUGCGCUCUGCGGGCUUUCGCAAGGUCACCAGCAAUGAGGCAUGCAACGCGCCGGCUUGCACCUAUGCGCUGCGGCACACCCACUACCAUUGUGUCAGCUGCAACUGCAGCGUCCUCUCGCGGGCACAGCUGGCGGCACACAAGCACAGGCCGGCGGGAACGGACAGCGGACAGCGGACAGCCCAAGACGGACACAGAGACGCAACCCUAGCAACUAGCAGCUAGCCCUUAGACCCUUAGCACUUGUAAAUCAAAUUAGAGGCCAACGAAUGAAGUGAAUUGAGUCAAGAUA